AUGAUCACUGUGGAAGAUUGCGAUACCGUCAAGGCCCACUUGGUUCCCGUGCACAUUAACCAUACUGGUACCGCCAACGUUGAAAAGUACUUCAAACCUAAGCCCAUCAACGACACUGAAGUGGAAGCUUCUUUCCGUGGGGUGAAACUUGUGGGCACCGAGAUCCCGCUCGACUUCCAAGGAGUGAUUUUGGAGAAGCUGCUGGAGUCAAUUGAAACUGACGACAACGGCACCUCCACCACCGUCAACAACUACAAGCUGGUGGGCCAGUUCUCAAGCUACACCGUGUUUGGCCACGACCACGCUCCCGACGCGACGAUGUUUGUCUCGGAAGAGAGUGACUCGGAAGAGGAAUGGGAAGACUUAUUCAUUCGGGAGCCCGCACCGUCGUCUUCGUUCCAAAUCGUCAUUAGUGAUGACCGCGUCAAGCGCCAGAAACAGGCAUUGGAACAUACUCAAUUCUGUCGCCGUCUCCGCUCGAUUUCCAUCAAGAGCUACAUUACGGCGGGGUAUUGUCGCAAUUUAUUGAUCAAUUCUCGCCUGGUGCAAAAAGCACUAAGGCGACUUGUCCCUAAUACGGUGAAGGUAAAGAUCGCUCAACUAGGCAAACUACCAUCGUCUACCGCUGAUGAACAGUUGGUGUUUUGUUUGAAGUACUUGGUCAAAUGGUUUGGUAAAAAUUGGACUAACGAUUGUUGUGGUAUCCGAGUGCUAGGCUUUCAUAGUCCGGCACCGUCACCAAUAUCGCCGAUUAAGGACAAGCAUGAUCUACUCAAAGUGAUUAAGCGAUUUGCUCAUAAUCGAGACACUGCUGCUGUGUUGUUUACAGGGUUAUUGCGAUCGUACGGGUGGGAUGCGCGAUUAGUGUUGUCAUUACCAUGUUUAGAUCGGCUGUCGGGUCCAGCUCCACCCCCACAUCCCAAUGCUGCUACUAAUUUUGAUAACGAUUUGUUAUUCCCGUAUAUGUGGACCGAAUUGGUGAACCCUUUGGAUCCAUCGGAGAUAUUCGUAUUGGACACUCAAGCGUUGAUCAAUCCUGAUGAUCGGUGCAUUCGACUCAAACGAACGUCUCCACCGAGUCGAAUCACCAAACAAUCGAAGUCGGCAUUCACCACUUCGGCAUACACCCCGCACGGGUCAUUGAACCACAUGCAAAUGCAUUAUGUUGUUGCUUACGGGCUGAACUAUGUGUUGGACGUAUCACCACGGUAUAUGGAUGACAUUGCAUAUCGCUAUAAUCGUCCAUUAGAUCUCCGCAAGGAAGUUGGUCGUCACGCGUUGAUCUAUACUCAGAUGCUUGGGUAUCUUCAAAAACGAGGGUGGCGCCCACCUCAAGAUGAAGUUGAUGCACUCAAUAGUGUGGGAGUUUUAUGCUUCAAAGUGCCAACGACGUUUGCGGCGAUGCGUCGCAGCCCCAAUGUGGUAUGUUCACUGACGUUACGAUACAAUGAAGUUAUCGCACCUGACGCUGAAUCAGUGGGUAAAAUCAGACUUGCGGGUAGUUCUAAGCUGCAACCGGUAUUCAGGCGGACUCUGGUGGUAGUGGGAAGAUCACGACGCCACUGGAUGUUUCGUGGACGGGAUGUGCUUAAGGAUGCGGUGCCAAUAAAAGUACUUAAUCGUCAAGGCGGUGAAGUGGGACUAUUCAAAUUUGACCAAACUAUACCUUAUACGCGGUCGUGUGACUUCAGCUGCUCUCCUCCCCAGAUCCCAACUAAUGAGUAUAAUGAUCUUGAGAUUUACCACCCGCGAAUGGUACCCCAGGGUGCUAUAUGGCUUCAGCUACCUGAAAUUUACCGGUACUUUUCCAGUAAGCGAGUGAAUGUGCUAUUUCAAUGGGUGCCGGUGGUGGUGGGGUUUUCCUUUGUUGGUAACAAAAAAGCUAUACCUCAGUUCAAGGGGGUGGUGGUUUUACAACAGGACGAGAAUGAUGCUAAAAGAUUGUGGCUUCGACUCCGCCGUCAAUACGAUCAUCUGGUGCUCUAUACUAAGCGACUUCGUGAGCUCGCGGCGUGGAAGCUAAUGAUAAGAAACUUACGGAUUCGCAAGAGACUCCAGGACCAUUACGGUGACUGUGACGAAGAUAAUGAAAAUUCUACAUAG